GGGCGAAAGACGUGGCGCAGGAGGUAUAAAUGUGCGGCGACUUCCCUGUCAGUCAGACUGAGAAGGACGGGCGAGACGGCAUUGCUGGAAGAUAACAGUGGAGUUUUUAUUUCAGUAUAGUCACACUGAAAUUACACAACACGUCGCUAUCUUCUUUUUGCACAAAAAAAAAUUGUUCGCAAGCGAGUUGAUUUGGGAAACGUCAACAGAAUAAAAAACAUCAUUUGAAAUAACCGGCUCCAGUAUCAGAGUAUGUAUUCUCAAACUGCAAUCAGCUACGAAAAGUGCAAGGAAACUGCGGAUUGGCUUCUGGCUCAGACAACGCUACGCCCCCUGGUGGCUGUCGUGUGUGGUUCAGGUCUGGGGGGCCUGGGAGAUAUUCUUAAGGAUGCUGUGUCUUUCAACUACCAAGACAUCCCUAAUUUUCCCCAGAGCACUGUUCAUGGUCAUGCAGGCCGGUUGGUGUUUGGGAAAUUGAAAGGGAAGUCCUGUGUCUGCAUGCAAGGCAGGUUCCACCUCUAUGAAGGAUACCCCAUCCAGAAGAUCACAGCUCCCAUGCGGAUCUUCAAGCUACUGGGGGUGAAGACAGUGAUCCUGACCAAUGCAGCGGGGGGCCUGAAUGAGAAGUACAAGGUGGGGGACGUCAUGAUCAUCAAAGAUCACAUCAACAUGCCAGGUUUCGCGGGAUGCAACCCACUGGUGGGACCCAACGAUGAACGGUUUGGCACGCGGUUUCCUUGCAUGUCAGAUGCGUAUGACCGCGAGCUGCGGCAGCUGGCGACACACGUGGGGGAGGAGCUUGGCUUCAGGGACUUCAUGCACGAGGGCGUUUACUGCGUGCUGGGAGGGCCGUCCUUCGAGACCAUCGCCGAGUGCCGCAUGCUGCGCAUACUGGGGGCCGACGCUGUUGGAAUGAGCACGGUGCAUGAGGCCAUCGUGGCCCGGCACUGCGGCCUGCGGGUCUUCGCCCUGUCGCUCAUCACAAACCAGGCCGUGAUGGACUACGACAGCGAGGAGAAGGCCAACCACCAGGAGGUGCUGCAGACAGGGAAGGUGCGCUCGGAGCAGCUGGCCAACCUGGUGUCCACAAUGGUAAUGAGCAUGAAGCACAACAGCGGGGACAUGCUGGACGGCAUGUGCGGCCAGUAACUCUGCCUCUUAAUGUUUAACUAAGGUACAUCUGUUUACUAUUUCCUAGUUAUGUAUAAAGUGACACUUCAUGAACCAUUUGCUGUAUUUUGUGACUCCACAAGAUGGCACUCUUGGUUUACUUUGGAGCAUGUUUUGUGUCCUUUUUUGAACAGAGAGCAAAAAAGCUAGUGGGGUAAAAAAAAAAAAAAAACAGCAAAUGGUUCAUGGAGUGUCAUUGGCAUUAUCCACUUAACAUGUACAUUCCCCAGACAUUCUUUAAUGGGGCUGCAUAGAUCUACUCACUGGAGAUGCUUUUAAUGCAGUACUGCACUUGAAUUUUGUAACUGUAUGAUAAGGGUUGUCCUCUUUACAGGAUGGAGAUGCUUAACACUAGUGAUGGACAAAAUGACGUUUCAUGAACCAUUUGCUCUGUUUUUUGACCCCACUAGAUGGUGCUCUUGGUUUGCUUUGGCGCAUGCUUUGUGUCCUUUUUUGAACAGAGAGCACCAUCUAGUGGGGUUGAAAAAUACAGCAAAUGGUUCAUGAAGUGUCAUUUUGCCCACCAUUACUUAACACCCUAUCUUCUCUUCUUAAACUACAUUAUAUAUUUAUUUAUCAAUGAAAAAAGAAAAAAGUACUACUGUCAGUUUUAAAUUAAAAAAAUAAAGAUAAAUGAAUGGUUUAGAAGGUCUUAUUUAGUUUGUACUUUCUGUUUGGUAUUGUUAAAGUCAACAACUAAAUUAUUGUGUUUUUGUUAUGUAUUGGUACUAUUUUGUUUAUUUAAUGAUUGUAAUAAAUUAUCUGUAGCCGUCAUGGACAAUUGGGGACUUUGACACCAGUUUUUUAACUUUUUAAUAUCUUAGUUACGGUAAGACAAUACUUACGGUUUAAAUUUACAGUCAACAUGUAAACAUUGAUUGCAUAUAUCCUGUUAUAACAUGUAAGGGACCAACACUGUACAUGCAAAAUAUCUUCUGUAUUUGCAAUAAAGUCAUGGGUAAAAUGUA